AUGUUAGAUGGUAUGGAUAUCGAUGGAACCGAUGGCAAACCCUAUGUUCUUAUAGAAUCCGGAAAUAUACCUGUUACCAGGGAAAAUCGGUUUAGCUCGUAUAAUAGCUACAAAAAUGAUGUUCAGGCAAUGCCUCCGAAUUUCAUCGCACCUAAAACAGGUAUUGUUUAUGAUAACCGAAUGCGAUAUCAUGGUAAUAUCCAUGAGGAGGAGCAUCAUCCUGAGGAUCCAAGCAGGAUUUAUUCAAUUCAGAAAACCAUAAUCAAGGCCGGCUGUCUCGAAAGAAUGAUAUACAUAAAGGCCCGCGAAGUCACCGCCGAAGAGGCCUGUCUUGUACACACCCCAGAACACUGGGAUUUUGUGAAUAGGACCUCAGGUAAUGGUACUCAAAAGGCGUUUUACAACGAUCCAAAUGUGGUAUAUUGUUCGAUACAUCGAUAUGAAAACGCGCAUUUUUAUCCUGGCGACAAACAGGCUAGCCAUACCCACGUGGGCGGAGGAAAUGCCAAAGGGAAAACCAUAAAUAUACCCUGGCCUCGCCCCGGGAUGUGUGAUAGCGAUUACAUAUAUGCUUUUAAUAAAGUGGUAAUGCCCAUUGCUUUUGAAUUCGAUCCCGAUAUUGUAAUUGUUUCGGCAGGGUUUGACGCAGCGGAAGGUGAUCCGAUGGGAGAGAAUCACGUGUCACCAGUCGCGUAUGGACACAUGACCCAUAUGUUAAAGUCCUUGGCUGGUGGGAAACUUGUGCUCGCCUUAGAGGGCGGUUAUAAUUUGGAGUCCAUAUCAAAAUCUGCUCUUGCUUGUGUAAAAGUUUUGCUCGGCGAAUCUCCUGCAAGACUUGGACCAAUUAAGCCUAGUCAAGAUUGUAUAGAGACGAUUCAUCAGGUAAUUCGUGUGCAGUCGCGAUAUUGGUCAAGUCUUGCACCGGAGUAUGUUGACGCCUCAGAAGAUAAAACUCCAGGAAAAUUUGUGGUCAGCAUGAUUGGUAAUCAAUCAUUAUGA